GUUAAUAUCUACAAUUAUUGAAUCAAAUAGCAUUACACACUAUUUAGAAAUAUGGAAUUGAGUAAAUGCCAGAAACUAUAGUAAAUACAAUCUACAUUGGUUCUCUCUAGAAGAGGAGAGAGUGGAGAGGUGUGGGACAGGGAACCCUUUAUGUUACCAGUUCUGUAGUUCAAUUUAAUAUUUGACUUUCAGAACUAUGUGCAUGUAUUAUUUUAAUAAGAAUUAGUUUAAAAUCAGUGUUUUAUCAGGUCUGACUCAAGUUCUGUGAAGUGUAAUUUCACUGGUUGAGUCUUGUUUUAUAAAAUACGAGGUCAUUUCAACAAAUUUGAGGCAAAUUAUAGAAUUAUCUUGAAAAAUACUGAACUGGCACUGGCUGGGGGAAUCAUUGAAUGAUGGGCAUUGCUCAGAGGAAGCUCCCUGGAAGAAAUGGAUUAUAAACUGGGAUGAUGUGUGUGACAUAUGAAAAAGCCUUGGACAAAACCCUCUGAGGAGAGAGUGCAAAUCCAACCAGGAUUUUAGACUUCCCAAGACUGUCCCACUUUCUUAAAUGCCCCACCAAGAAUGACUAUUCCUGCAUUUCCCCCAGAGCUUCCUCGGACCCCUCUGGAGACACCAAAGGCAUUUUUCUUCCGUGAUGUUUAAAGUUACCUGAAAUGCAUCAUAUAACAAUGAACUCAUCAACUCAGCUGUCACUCAGUUCAAGGCACUAGACAUACCAGGGUGAAAAUAAUGAAGGUCUCUGGCCACGGACAACAGCUUGGGAAAUGUGACUCCUACAGCGAUAAAACAGGUGGGGUUAUGAUCUGUACCCACCAAGCUCUCCUGGCCUGUGCGUCUCCACGUUUCAAAUGCUUCCCCAGCCCGGGAAGGUGAACUCCAGCAGCCGCCCACACCUCCCUGGCCCCAGACCAGGAGUGUAGGAACUUCUCUCUUUUCACCAUGAUUAAUGUGGAGGACAAAUCCUUGCUUCCAAAAGAAAAACUAAAAUUUGUUGGUGAGGAGGCAGGGCCAAAAUGAAAGAGGCAUCAUUUAAUCUAAACCAUUUUCUCUGACUUGGACGUCUUUUUAAAAAAUUGGCCGCCUUAUCAUUUUCUGAGUCACCUCUUCUCCAGGCUUAUUGGAGGCGUAGUCCCUCCUAGCAACCUCCCAUCUGCUGGAAAACAGAAUGGAGAGGAUGGGGAGCUGAUGACACAUCCCUCCCCGGCUGAAAAUAUUGGGGGGAAGCAGUUUGUGCACUAUCCAUUUGCAUGAAACUUAUUAAUGCCUUCUUACGACUGACAAGAUGAAUUCUCCACCGCCAGGGGAGCACCUGGGAGUAUCGGGGACAUUCUGCAAACCACAGCCACUCGGCAAAGCGCCAUCACCAACCUCAGCGCUCUCGAAUUAAAACCUUCUGGUCGUUGGGCACAGGACUACACAUCUUAAUCGAAGAUUCACCCAGGUUUUCUAUUUGCUCAAACGCUGUUAGGUUUCUUGUAUUCCUGUUUUUCUUCUCAUGUUAAUGGAGAUUCACAGGCAUUUCGAAACACAUUCUUUUAAAAAUCAAAACUAAAAUCUUUAUAGUUUUCCCCUACUGGCGAUCAGGAAACCCUGGGGGUGGGGGUGGGAGGUGAACAUUCUCAGUCACUGGCUGGUGCUCUCUCGUGUUGAUCCCAGGUAACGUUAACCUUUACAGUGGCCAAGCAAAGCGACAGUGAGGUUCCCAGGACCUAGAGGUCCGCGGCCUCCGCAGGGGCGCACGGGAGCCGUAGCGCCGAGACGGGAAGGGGACCCGCGGGGAACCCGAGGGAGGUGCGGAGAAGGCGGCGAAUAGGGAUCAGGUGUGUUCCUCGAAUGUACAGCCCACAUCUAAAUGACAUACGCCGAGGCCAACCUAUAAAAACAAGUAAGCGCGAAUCUGCCCGAACGCAUCCCUCUCUGCGCGCGUGCCUUCAACUAACUUCGGGCGCUCGGAGACCCGCGCCGCCGCGUCCCGACCCGCCCGCGCCUCCUCUUCCUCCGGGCAAGGAUGGAGGGCACCUCCAGCCGCUCAACUCUGCCGCCUGCGCCCAACCUCUCCGCGCCCAUCUUGCUGGGCUGGGGGCUUAAUUUGACUUCGGCUCGGGGAGCCCCCACCCCGGGGCUGGGGCUGCAGCUGCCGCCGCCCGGGCCCCCCAGCCGCCGCGUCCGCCUGGCCUUCCUGGGCGUCAUCCUGGUGGUGGCGGUGGCCGGCAACUCCGCGGUGCUGUGCCGCCUGUGCGGCGGCGGCGGGCCCUGGGCGGGACCCAAGCGUCGGAAGAUGGACUUCCUCCUGGUGCAGCUGGCCCUGGCCGACCUGUACGCGUGCGGGGGCACCGCACUAUCGCAGCUGGCCUGGGAGCUGCUGGGCGAGCCCCGCGCGGGCGCGGGCGACCUGGCGUGCGGCGUCCUGCAGCUGCUGCAGGCCUCGGGCCGCGGCGCCUCCGCCCACCUCGUGCUGCUCAUCGCCCUCGAGCGCCAGCGCGCCGUGCGCCGUCCGCAGGGCCGGCCGCUGCCCGCGCGCGCCCUGGCCGCCCUGGGCUGGCUGCUGGCGCUGCUGCUGGCGCUGCCCGCGGCCUUCGUGGCGCGCGGGGGCACCUCCUCGCCAGCGCCGCCGCUGGCCCCCCGCGCCUGGCCCGGGGAGCGUCGCUGCCGCAGCAUCUUCGCGGCCCUACCACGCUGGCACCUGCAGGUCUACGCGCUCUACGAGGUCGUCGCGGGCUUCGCCGCGCCUGUCACGGUCAUGGGCGUCGCUUGCGGCCGCCUGCUCUGCGUCUGGUGGCGACGCCGGCCCCAGGACCCCGCGGCUGCAGCGUCCAGGCCGGCGAGUCCCGGCCGAGCCCCCGCGCCCGACGUGCUGCCCCGCGCCAAGGUGCAGAGCCUCAAGAUGAGCCUGGCGCUGGCGCUGCUCUUCGUGGGCAGCGAGCUGCCCUACUUUGCCGCCCGCCUGGCGGCCGCGUGGUCACCCACACCCUCGGGAGACCCGGAGGCCGAGGGCCUGUCGGCGACCUUGUGCGUCGUGGGGGUGACCAGCAGCGCCCUCGACCCCUUCGUCUACCUGCUCUUCCAGGCGGCUGACAGCCGGCUCUGGCGGCGGCUGCGCAGGCGCCUGGGCGCAGUGGCUGAGGACAGCCAGGGGCCCGGGGGUCCUCGGGCGCUGCACCGCCACCGCUGGCCGCACCCGCAUUAUCACCACGCUCGGCGGGAGCAGCUGGACCAGGGCUGCCUGCGCCCUCCCCCGCCGCGCCCCAGACCCCGGCCUUGUUCCUGCGACAGCGCCUUCUAGGUGCUCGGGUCUCAGAGAGCAACGUCGCCGUGGAGCCGGCUCCAGGGUCGGCCCAGAAGAGCUCUGAGAGCGACACCGCAGCUGUCCCCUCCACUCCCCGUCUCCCGCUGUGUUUACAACAUUCUCCCAAACUUUCCCCCACUUGGAGACCAGAGAGUGAGCCAUUUGUAGUUGAGAAAGGGUCAGAGUUAGAGUUAUCUUGGCAGUUUUUUAAAUGCUUUUAUAGUGUUCUGGGUAAGGCCAUUCAUUUUAGCUAAAUUGCCAAACUUUCAUUAUUUCCCGUGUUUUCAAUUUUUAUUUAUUUUGACUAGUUCUUACGUUUGGGACCAGCAAGUUUGCCCUUUUUUCCAGGAGGACAAACCCCACAUGGUUUUGCCUGGGAAGACUGAGAGGUGCUCCAGUAACACUGUCACUUCAGAGCCACAGAGUGUUUGUAAAAUAAAAACAUUUCCCACGGAACAAUUAGUACUUUUUAAAAACAGGAAAAUGUGUUUUCCCAGAAGAAAAUCAGUGUGGCCUUUAUUUUCAGCUGAGAUUGUAGGACAGAAACAGGGACUCGGUUCUGUGCCCAGACCUGUGGCUGACACUGCCAUGUCAUGCCCUGAAGGCACCUCCCGGAGCCAAGUGCCCAGCAAACCCAAGAAGGGACUCACGGAGGGGGUGCACGUGGGCAGGUUCGCUGCCCCAGGGGAGCCUUAGGAAGAUUUACA